AUGACGUUAAAUCGUAAAAAAGAUUCAACGGGGAAUGUUCGUGGGACAAAAGAUGGCGGCGAUAGGACGAUAAUAACGUCAUCCAGUCGAAAUAAUACAGGAGAUAUACAGGCAUCUACUGGUACGAGUGUUGUUGAAACAGUGGUAUUGUCAUCCAGUAGCGUACACGAAGAAGCAAAGAAAACAAUAGUAGAGAGCGAAUCCAGAAGUAGUAUCGUUGAAAGUAGUAAUACAAGUCGCGAGGUUAUCAUGGAUUCCAAAGGUAAUGUUAUACGGGUGAUCGAGAAAACGUCACCGAUAUCGGCAACGAAAAGUUCGAUCGAAAGGACCGGCAAAAGUUCGGAGGAUUUUAUUACCGCGGAAAAAAUAAUUAAACAGGAUGGAAAAACUUUAAUGCAAGAUCAAAGAUCCAAAAGUCAAUGUGAAAGAUCCAAAAUGGUUUCCACUUCGACUAGUAAUAUACAAGAGACUAUGGAUCAUCAUGGUGAUAUAAAAGUGUUAUCGUCUAAUACGAUAGAAACUAGACAGGCUAAUCAAGAAUCGAAAGAAGAAAUAACGAAGAAUGGUGAUACCAUCAGUAGUAACAUUCAAAGUAUCAAAGAAUCGUCUGAGAUGAUUGACGACAAUGGGAAAAUAUUGUCGUCUAAUAGCCGAAGUGAGACAUCAGGUGAAAGUACCGUCCUUGAUAAUUCGAUUAAAUCAGGACGAACUAACGUUUGGGAUGGUACAUUUAUAAAUGAACGAAAUACAAAGUCUUAUAAUGAGAGAAAAAAUGAUAAUAUAAUGAUUAGCAACGUGUUGCUGGACGGUGGAACGAUUGACGAAAGAGAUGCCGGGACAGGCAUUGAAAUCACCAACGAACAAAGUUCAAAUACGAUCAGAGAGAUGUCCUCGAUGAUUCAAGAAACGUCAAAGGAUAGUUCGAAAUUAUUAAUCGGUACUGCUGAUGUUCGUCGUAAAAAACUUGGCGAAUCUACUUGGGAUGGUCGUUUCGUUUAUGAGAAACCUAAAGAAACGAAAAGACGAGGUAAUGUUUCAGACGCCAAUAUUUUUAGGCAUAAUAAUAAUAAUAAUAAUAAUAAGGAUGAUAUCAUCGAAUCAACGCAAAGAAGUGAUUACAAAGAAAAAAGUUUAGAUGGUACCUAUGAAAAAGAAUCGUCUAACGUCGUACACGUUCGCGAAGGAUCAACGGACACAUCGAGAUUUAUCUCGGAAGAAAAAAUCAGUAGUACCAAGGAGAGUCAAAUUUAUACGGAUCAAUCAAAGUUAUUAGAUAAAAAUCAAUUUGAUGCAAAUAAAAAUGUACGAUACGAUAACAAACAAGAUCUCGAUAAAACCGUUGUAAGAAGAAAGGAUAAAUUGAGAGAUGUAAUAAUGGACGUACAAGAUAUAACGGAGGAGCAACAAAGUUUAUCGAAUAUGUCCGAAUUCGUAUCGAGCUCAUACGUGGUCGAAUAUGCGAGUUCGAGCGAUGCGAAAAAUAUCGAAUUGGUAACAUCAGUAUCGGAAACGAUUCACGAGGAGGACAUUGAGAAUAUAGGUAUUGGAAGAUCGUCAUCAAUUAAAAAAGAUCAUCGAAGUUACAAACCUGGCGAAUCGACCUGGGACGGUAGUUUCGUUUACGAGAGAUCACCAAAAUUGGAUCGUCGGCGAAGACCAGCUGAUGAGACAUUUGUGAUUCAUGACGUGAGCGAGGAUCAUUCGAUAAACGAAGCCGACAUUUCGACGACAUCUUACAUAGUCGAACAUUCCUCGAGUCAACAAAGUUUCACUGAUAUUAAAGAUAGUUCGUCAAUGGAAACGAUUGUUCAUCAGAGUCCAAAAAGAUUAAUUGGUAAGCCAGGUACAUCCAGUUGGGAUGGUACAUUUAUUUUCGAAAAACCCGAAGACAUAAAAAGAUCAUCUAGUAGAACUGAACAACAAAAGGUCAAUGAUUUAUCGAAACGAGGAGAAACUAAUGUUAAUAUUUCAUUGGAGGACAAACCUAGGAAACACGUGAACGACGUUACUCUCGAUAUUCACGAUAGAAUAACAUCAGAGACAUUUACCGACACCAAUCUGGUUAAAUUGGAUCGUAAGACGAAAACUCAUGACAGUUACUACAACGAGACGUCCAAUCUUGAUUUCUCUUCUACUUCCGUUGAAACGGUUGUCCAACGAGAUGGACAACAACCGGUGACCUCGAGCCAACGAACUAUUACAUUAGAAGAUCGACCUGAAACUCCGGACACUGGAAUAAGACGUAUCGCUGAGGGAUCGAAGGAAUCGUUGCAUGUUCAAGAUAGAACAUAUCGACCUAGCAAACCAGGCUCGUCUACUUGGGAUGGUUCCUUUGUUUACGAAAAAUUGGAUGAUAGAAAGACGUCAAGUUCGAUGAUCGUCAAGGAUAGUAAAGAUUUUGUUAGUUCAACCGAAUUAAAAACAACGUCAACAAAUGAAAUUGUUAAUAAAUCGAAAAUUAUUGAGGAUAUUAAUGAUGAUACGAAACGUUUAAAGGAAUUUAAUGGAUCAAAAAGUCCAAUCGAUGGAUCAAUUCGACGACCUUUGAAAUCAGAUACUUCGACCUGGGAUGAUUCUUUCGUACAGGAUAAAAAUAUAUCGACUAUGGACACGAGAACUUCAAUUAUAUCGAAAGAUAUUUCGAAAGAUUUAACAAGUUCAACUAAAGUUAUAAGUACAACAAAUGAGAUUAUUGAUUCUAUCGAUUCGUCAAAAAUUAUUCAAGAUGAUAUUUCUUAUGAGAAAAGAUUUAUCGGAGAAUCUAAUGGAUAUGAGGAUACAGAUAAGAGAGAUAAAAGUCCGGAAAAGAAAUCAAUAGACAGGACUAUACGACCUUCGAAGCCUGGUGCUUCAACCUGGGAUGGUUCGUUUGUUUAUGAAAAACCUCAGGAUACUAAAAGGAAACCAACAGACAUUGAAAAAUCUUUAUUCUCUUCUUCUGAUUUAAAAAAGCCUGAAGAUUUAAAAACAAUUUCACGAUCGCCCAUUGAUCAAGAAAUGAUCGAUAAAUCGAUCGAAAGAACAACCUUUUCGACAUUCGUGGAAGAUGUUAGGGAUGUUCAGGACAUUACUGACGUCACAGAUAUUACUACGUUUAAAUCAGAUUUAAAGAAUAUUACAAAUAUUACUGACGUCACUGAUGUUUCCAUGUUCAAAUCGGACGUUCGAGAUAUACACGAGGAACAUGUCAUCAACGAAUUUAUCACGGAUACACGCAAGGACACUAUGAAUAGUGAUGAAACAGAAAGACCUGUUCUCGUUAAAUCUUUAAAAUAUAAUUCGAUAUUUUCAUAG